AUGAUUCUUAUAUCAUUGUUUGCUCAAAAAGCAGUAUGCGACAAUGCCGUGUACGCUGAUAUCCUCAACGAAAAGGGAUUUGACAUAGCUACCCUUAGUGGAGAAGGGUAUCCAAGAAUCAGAGAUUUCAUGGCUAAAGAUAUGUUCGGAAAUUACUCUCUCAGGCAAUUGAUUCUCGAUUCAAUAAACUUAUUCAAUGACCCCGAAAAUGAAAAAACCACAGCUGAUGAUCUUGAAAAAAUUUAUCAUGACAUAAUUCGCUACUAUACAGAUAAUGCUACAGAAAUCAAGGACUUAUUACCACAAGAAGCUUGGGAAAACAAGCGUGUUAACCUUGUUUCCAUGACAUUCCCACACUUCGCUCCAUUCCUUAAGGAAAAGGGCUACAAUACAUCAGAAAUCCAAAAAUGCAUCGACAACGUUAAGGAUAAGAAGGGAACAUGCCAGUACAAGGAUAUUGCCCGCCUUCUUAAGUUAUCUCCAGAGUUCUACUUCAACAUUUCAGACAAGGUUGGUAAAGUUAUGACCGGUGAUGCCUUCAAGAUUCAAGAUGUCGCUACAACAAUUUACCUUAACACUUCCAAUAUUACAGAUGUUAUCAAAGAUGUCCCAUCCAUUUUCAAGAAGGGCCGUGCCAACGUUGCUGAAAUGGGCCAAAUUGCUUUCAGCGCUUUCAAGCUCGCUCAAGGCUUCUAUAACUCAUCCAAGACCUUCCUCGGUAAGGCCAUGCAUUCCGCUCUUCAGCCAUACGUUUCACUUCUCCCACGCUCAGUCAAGGAAAUGAGACAAAGCAUCGAAUUACUUGUCCAGGGCUACGAAAGCUUAAUCAAGGAUCCAAAGUUCACAGAGAAGGAAUUAGAGUUUGUUACAAAGUACAUUGUCAACAUCUACAACGAUUUCAAGCGCCAGUUAAGAGAUGAAACAAUCUUAGUUCCACAAGGAGUCAAGAAGUUCUUACUUGAGAACAUCGAUUAUUUCGAUCCAUCAUUGUCCAUCUAUUCACUCAUCCGCAAUAAGAAAGUCUCCAUCUUCGAUGCUUACGUCAAUGGCACACAAGAUUUAAUCACUCCAGCCAUUCAUCUCCUCACUGAAGACAAGACAAAGUUCAUCGAGUGGUUCGACAAGAUCACAUCUGUUAUCAGAAAGUACUACGAUGAGAACACACCAGUUUCAACAUUCCAGAUGGAUUGGCUUGAAGAUGUUGCUUACUUAGCACGUUCUGUCAAGGAAUACCCAUCCACAAUGAAGAUCAACGAUAUCCUUGCUAAGCACGGCAUGAACAAGAUGAAUGCUCAGAUUGUUAAGUCUGCUCUCUUGAACAUCUCAAGUAUCUUCAAUGAAAUCACAGUCGAAGAUUACGCAUCAAGAACAUUAUACACAAUCCUCAGAAAGAUGGCUGAUGCUACAAAGGAUGAUGCUACAAUUGUUGACUACGUCAAGUGCUUACCAUUUGGUGAGUCAUUAGCUAUGUACUACAAGGGCUUAGACAACUACAACCAAGGAAAGUCUCUUAAGGAUGCUUUCUGGGACUGGGAGUUCGAAGGAAUGUACGUCAUGAGAACAUUCGAAGCAUGGAAGACUGUUAAGGUUCCAAGCAUCAAGAACUUAGCUAAGGCUAUUGUUACAGUCAAUGCUACUGGUGUCCAGUUCGUCAAUGGCACAAUGAACCUCUACACAAAGCUCAUCAAGAACGGCAUCACAAUUUCUAGAAAUGAAAUCAGCAACAUCACAGGAGGCUUUGUCAAGAGAAUCUUAGAUUACGCUGUUCCAAUUGCUGCUUACAAUACAUACAACGUUUCUGCUUACUUCCAGAAGCUCACAGAUGUUAACAUCACAAAUUUCGCUUAUACUGUUCAGAAGCUCGCUAAGCAGGCUUCAACAGGUGGCAUCACUUGGGAACAAUUCACUGAUUUCAACAAGAAGGUCGAUGAAGAAUUACUUCAGCCAAUCUCUGCCCAGUAUGAUGAGGAAACAAAGCAGAAGCUUGCUGCAGCUGCCAGAAGGAAGAAGUUGAUCAUCAUCAUUUGCGCAUCAGUUGGUGGCGCUUUAGUCAUCGGUGCUGCUGUUCUCGCUUUCGUUCUUUACAGAAAUAAGUCAAACAAGUCCCAGGAUACCACACCAGUUAACACAGCUGCUACACUGAUCUAA